AUGCUGAGGGCGAUAUACGCACUUUUCGCAUCAGGAUGGCACCAGAAAAGGGUGAGGAAUGGACAAAGUUGCUGAGCCCAUAGAUUCAGCCACGCCUGCCGCGGCGGCACCUCUGAUUGGCUGCCGCAUCGACAACCUCAGCUAAAGAUGCAACAACUUUGACAAAACGGACCAGCUGCGGCCUCACCAGCCUCACCUUCACAGCCCAACGCCUCUCCAGUCUUCCACCUCUCUUCCUCUCCUCAUCAUUCCCGUCUCAUAGCAACAGCAGAGUCGCAUCAUGCCUUUCCACGGCCUCCUCCCCCGACCCCUCCCCGCCGACGAAGUCACCAUCGGCCAGCUCCUCGUCCACCCUCUGCACCCGGAACGAGGCGGUUUCUACUCGCACCAGGCCCGCCAAGAAGUCGACGAGCUCAAUGACUACCACAUCCAACUUCGCUACAAGGACCUCUUCGCCGUCGACACCGAGGGCCGCUUCAGCGCCAACUACGGCGCCAAGUUCGAUCUCGGCCGCGUCUACCGCCAGCCCAACCUCCUCAGCGUGACGGCCGAGCAGAUGAUCCAGCGGACGAGCCAGCACCCCGUGCGCGCCUUCAACGCCGUGCUGGAGGACCCCGAGGCGAGAGAAUGGAUACUGCAGACUAUACAAGACGGUCAAGAUUUGUACGUCGUGCUAGGAAUCACCGAGCUCAAGAACGCAGUCUUCAAGCGAGCCAGGCUGCGGGACGCGGGUGCCUCCAACCGCCUCGCCGAACAGCCCCUCGAGAAGAACGCAAAAGUCCCGCGCGCCGUGCGGAGAAACUCGACCUUCGGCCUCGACGGCGAUAGGCACGUCUCGGGCGUCUUUGGCAUGGACGUGCGCAGAGUCACGGCCCGCAUCACGACGCCCCAGGAGCCGCACAGACUGUCCGACAUAGGCUAUCGGUGGUCGUAUUUCGACAUCCCCAGCAGCGGCAACACCAAGGCGCAGUUGAUGGUUGGGCUGGGCGAGGCCCUCGAGACGAAUGAGCUGCGUAUGAUGCUGGAUCUGACCGCCGAGGAUGUCCAGACGAACCUGGAUACGAUCAGCCAGUUGAGUCUGGAUGCGGCGAGUGCGGCCGCGAGUCCCAUGUUGAGGCCGAGUUCACCGGCGCUGAGGGGUCGCUCCCCUUCGCCGUAUCCGGCUACUGUGCGCGUUUGAGAGGAUGGGUUUUUUGGUUCACCAUGGCGGAGAUAGGGGGAUAUCAUUGAUCAUGGGUUAUCGUGCGAUGAGGAAGCAUUCAUGACGUUUAGCAGAGCGGCGGAGCGACGGAGUUCAUUUCCUUACGUUAACGGCCUCGCUGCAGAAAGACGAAACGUAUGCUCAUCCCUUUCUAUGUAUUUUACUCUUUACCCUUCUCUAUUCCCACAUCCCCUCUCCGCCCUUUUUAUCCCGUAUACCCUUAUCAUACCCUUUCUCCCUCCCUUUCUGCUUCCUGCUUACUUUCCCCCCUUCUUCAUUCUCCUUAUUGGUCCUAUCUCGGUAUCGGGUUGGUAAUCGACAUCGUCUCGUAGCUGCAUUGCUUAUGUUCCUUCUUCACGCUUGUUUUGUCCUAGUAUACGGUCGAUAGAAUUAUGCAUCGUUUCAUUGAAGAGACGGCUUCAUCCGUGCCAUAUCCAUGAG